UCGGUGUCAUAUUUUAUUGUGCAAGUGGAAAUUGAAAUCAAUGACAACAUAAAUGUUUACCUCGAGUAUUAAACAAAGAAAUUUGCAUGAAAACAUGAAUAAGUUAAUUAUUUGUUGUUGGAUAAACUCGGGAAAUAAGAAUUCGAUCAUUUUACAUACGUCGUUGUCGUGAGUGUGAUUGCAUUGCUGCUGCGUGUACGUGUGUGAGUCUGUGUGUGUGUGUAUGUUUGCAAACUCCCCCCCUGUAUCCCAUUUUACACGAAUGACAAAGGAGUCAGAUUACACCAACCAACCAUAAGAAAAAGUGAAAUAAGACAUCCAUCAAGAAAAAGAAAAAACGAACUCAAGGUUUUAAUUUUGAUGGUGCGUUGUUUACAUUUUUUCACAUCGCACCACACCGUGAAAUAGAAAGAAGAAGACAUUUGUGGAGGAGUGGAGGUUGUGGAAAUUGAUUUCAUUUCAGUGUUCAAUUUUCACUUCCUCAUUCGGCAAUGCCUGGUAAGCCAUGGGUUCUCAGACCUUGGAAAUAUUACGUCAAGGAGUCUGGGCAUCUUUAACUGGCGGUUGGUUCUACGACCCACAUCAAAGUGUCUUCUGCAACAUAGUCCACCUGUACCUGUGGCUGUUCCUGUUAUGUACACCAUUUGUGGCGUAUCUAUAUUUUCCGGGAACAUGGCUGACAUGGAGCAUCUACAGCAUCCUCACCAGUGUGAUGGUGCUGCUACUGAAGAUGGCCAAUAUGGCAUUACAUCGAUUGUACGAUCGGGCCCAGUCAAUGUCAGAGGCAAACAUAAAACAACACUUUUUCAAGGUUACCAAGGAAACCUCAGGCGAAAGAAGUCGAGACAAUGAACCUGGCAUUGAAAUGAAGGUAAUGCAUGAGGAUGGCGAGGUAGCGGUAGACGAUAUGGCCGCUUCGGUGGAGAAGGCCAUCAAUGAAAUUAGCGGAGAGAACAGUAUGGUGUCCAUAGAAAAUGGAAAUAGUAUUAUUGAUCUAAAAGUUGAUGUACAUCGUAAAAAUAGUUCCGAAUCCAUAGAAAUGAUGUUCUAUGCACCCUCAAUGAUCUCAGGCAAUAGCCAACAGGAUCAACAAUCCCUGGUCGGCACGGCAAGCAAUUCAAAAUCAAUACGUUCCUCACAUACCAUCAAUAAUAAUAAUAAUAACAACAACAACAACAGUAGCAACAAUAAUAACAACAACAUCAGCACAUCAACACCCAUCAACGAUCCCCAAGCCAAAUAUAUAAGUGUUUAUCCCAAAGAUAACAGUCCUGUACAAGCCUCCACAAGCUCAAAUGUCAACAACCUCAACAAUUGCGCAAAUAUGCCACAAACAUCAUCAUCAGCAUCAAACGUCAUGUCUAUUGGGCCAAAACCUCCACAUUUGGUUAGGAAAUCGUCGGAAAUAGUUCGUGGCAGUCAUCAGAGAAGGCGUUUGGAGCGUCAAUCCAGUUUAGAUGCAGCCGCUGAAUCGGCUAUUGUUGCUAAAUUAAUGCAAAGGCAACAGAUAUCGGAAUCUGCCAAAGCCAAUGCUGCGGCGGGUGUGGCAUGUUCUUCCGCUGCUGCAGGAGCAAAUGCUGAGAAAUGUGAUAGUUUUUUACACGCACAAAUAUCGAAAGCUGGUUCCGCGUUAGGAGCAACAGCAGCAGCAGCAGCAGCUUCAGUGGCUUCCUCAGCAGCAAGUCAACAACGAUCAAAUACAACGAGCUCAGCUUCCAGUGCCAAUGCAUCCCUACCGAAUGCACUGAAAACUUCACGCCUGCAGCGGCAUCGCUCUUCGGAAACUCAUGAUGAGCGUUUGAAACAGCAACAACGAAGUAGUGGUGGAAUAGCAUCGGCUGGUGGCGGUCCCAGUGGUGGAGGGAUUUUUCUUUCCAUACACCAUGAACACGGCCGUCAUCAUUUGCAUCCCCAUUCUCAUCCCCAUCGUCAUCAUUAUCAUAGCCAUAGGCUUAGGGGCGGCAGUGGAGGCGCCCCACCCAUGGCCAGUAGCAGUGGUUCAGUGGUAGUUCUAGGCUCCAGUGCUGGAGCUAGUGAAAGUUUUGAUGUUGACGACAUGGAAUUGGGUUUGGGGGGAAGUGCCAAUAUUGUGACCAAUGGCAGUCACCAAAGCAAUGAUGGCAGAAUGCGUGCAUUGCCUCCCUGGAUUUUGGGCUCUUCGUCUGAAGUUUUCAUAGAGGAUGAUAGCUUCACGAAAUCCGAUUUGGGUAUUGAACAAUUGGAUGAUCGUUCCGCCUCCUAUUCCGCGCGAGCCCAUCCAAAUGCAAAUCACUAUCGCUUGAAUCAUCAUUCGCAAGCCUCUGCAAGAGAGGCCAAUAUUUCCAAGGAUCCCAUCUGCACAAUAUCAGCUCUGCAGCUACAUAAACGUCCACGCCGAGAAGGAGCCAUCAAACGACGAAGGCAUUCCAAUGCCACUGCCCUGUUUAAAACACCCACAGAGAGUUCCUCAAAUGUGGGACAAAUGCCUAGUAAUCCCACGACUGUGCGCCGCAUCAAGAGCGCGGCUUUGGAAGUGGCUUGUCCUCGUCCCUCGGUGUCCAACCUUUGUCCCCAUCCCAAUAGUGUGGAGGCCAUAAAUGGUCAACAACAAAUAAAAAAUCCUCAAAAUGCUCUGCUGCCACCGCCUAGUAAAUGUCUGGUGCGAAAUCCCCAUUUGAAUUUAUGCCCCAAAUUCGGUGGAAGUUUUGGCGGCAGCUCCACCAAUAGCAGCUUGGAUUUCGGUUCCACAAAUGCCCUAAUAGAUCCAGUUUACGAAAUGAGAGAACAGACCAAACAAGAUGGCAAAUCAAAGAAGGCAUCCGAGGAUCUGUGUGAAGGUGACGAUGUGGAUCGUAUACCAGUGGUGGAGACUUUGGACGAGGACGAUUCGAUGGGAGCCGUGGGUGGAGCUGUGUGUCCUCAUCAUUUUCUUCAUUCUCAUCACCAGCAUCACGGACAGCACCAAUCUCAACACCACCAUCACCAUCAUCAUCAUCACUCACAUCAUCACAGCGCCGAAUCGGAUGUUGGCCAGAUUUUGAAUGACACAAAAGAUGAUGAUGAUGAUGAUGAGAAUGAGGUCGAGGAUGAGGUAUGCGGGGCUCACAAUGCCGAAAACAACACAGACAGCAAUGACGAGGAUGACGAUGAUGAAUUUAAAGAUUUUGACUACAAUGUGGAACACAUACUGGAGGUCCUUGAGCACACCCACAAUCAAUUGGAUGACGAUUUACGUGCUCAGCAGCAGCAGCAUCCACAGCAUCAUACCAAGCAACACAAAACUGUCCAGAGUUUGCCAGCAGACUCGAGUAAAAGUAAAAAGUCUGAUAAUGAGGCGAUCAAACGAUCGACACCAAAGGAAGAAAACAAAAACAACGAUAAUCCAGAGGAUGAUAAUGAUGGUGAUGAAGAUGAUGACGACGAGGAUGACGAUGACGACGAAGAUGACGAUGAUGAUAACGAUGAAGGCGCCCUAGCCAUAAACACCAGAGAACGUUUACAUUCCACUGAUUCUGAGACCGAUAACAACGGUUCUAGGUCUCCCCUAUUGAACAACAAGAAAUGGGCCAUCACUUCUUCCUCGUCGGCUGCCAAUAAAGAGAAGGCUGCCAGCGAGAAAAAUCUGCGGGACGAGAUCAAAAACGUACAAAAACAGAAACAUUCCAUUAAGAAGCAUCAGAUUAGCAUACAGGCAUUAAAUAAUCCGGAUGGGGAGCUGCAACCUUGCCAGGGUGUUAUACAUGCCACAACCUCCCAGCAACAACAAGCAAACAUGCCUGCAGCCGCUGCAGCUCAUGCCUCAAAAGGCAAUGAGGCAGAUUCUGGUUGUCCCUCAAGUGAUUGCGAACAAAUCAGUGCCAGUUCCAAGGAUGUCCUUCUAAAUAUCUCCAGUGAAAAGGUGCACCAGGAAAAGCCAAACAAAAACCGUGACGGACCUUUGGAUGCCGUGGGAUCGACAGCAAAUGCCGUAUCUGCAUCGUCCAGCGUCACUUCGAAUGUGGGCAAACGUCUGGGAGCCAUACCAAAACAAGUGCAAUAUCGUGAAGUGGAUGAGAGAUCUGGAGCGGACAAUUAUCAGGCUUCCACCUGUUCGCAUCACAGUUAUAAACGACAUGCGGGUAAUUGGAGCUCUGUGGCCCCUACCACACAAUCAAGUCAUGCUUCCACUGCUGCUGCUGGUCUCAAAGGCAUUUCGCGCACUUCCUCCUCAUCGAAUAGUUCUCACAGUGUUAGUGCUGAGUCAUUUACCGCUGAUAUUCAUAAAAUGUUGUGGUUAAUGCACGGCGGUUCAGUAGACGAAAGAGGCAGACCCAUUAACAAUGUGGAGAAUUUGGCCUCGUUGCCAAUGGCUGGUGGCGGCAAUCAAAGCAACAUGUCCAAUGCUCACCUGCAGUUUUAUCAGGAUGCUUUGAAGGCCUUGAACUCGGCCUCCUCGGCUGAACGACUAGCAUUAACCGAACGUUUGUACCAUCGCGAACAGUUGCUGAGGAGGAGUAUGCGCCAGAGAUCAGCAGGCGAUGUCGAAUCCAAUCAUAGCAAUGGCAUCGAGCAAUGGCCUUUAGAUAGUAAUGCUGCUAUGUCUCACAUAAUGUCUGCAUCAUCAUCAUCCACCGCAGCUGCGGCUGUGUCCUCUAGGACCGCUGCUCCAUUGACUCAAGUAAUGAUAGAUUCUCCCUCUUCCUCGACAGUGCUAAAUAAUCGCAACGUCAGCAGUGCCACAACGGUCUCCCUCAAGGGUUUCAUACACGAGUUCAUAAACGAUGAACUGCGCAACAUGGAGUCCUCGCAAAGGGUACAGUCCACACCGCUAUCUACGACCACCAAUCGAGCAGCCAUGGCGGCCAUACUCAACGUUGAUGGCGCACACAUAGAAAACUAUUGUGACUUUUGGCGUCCCGCCUGCAUGUUGGCCGCCGAGAAACCAUCGAUUGCGCCCAAAUCCUUCUACAAAUAUCACUUCAAAUUGGGCGCCUACAAGCAGGAAUUCAAAAUAUCAAUGGAUCGUUUGGAAUUGAUGGCAUUGUUCGAUCGCGACAUCCAUUGGAUACACAUUUUGUUAUCGGUGGUGCUCAGUGCUGCCGUCGCCUAUCUGGGUUCAUCCAUACUCCAGCUAAACUAUUACAAAGAUGUGUUCGCAUUUCUCUUUUGUGCCGUCAUUGCAGGUUCUCAGUAUUCAUUGUUGAAAAGUGUGCAGCCCGAUGCAGCCUCGCCCAUACAUGGCUUCAAUAAAACGGUGGCCUACUCAAGAGCCAUUUACUUUUGCAUAUGCUCCGCCUUGCUGUUGUUGUUCGAGAGUCUUAAGCAGGAAUACGAUAUGGUGGCUAUGCGUGGUGGUGAAAUGAAAGAAUUGACAUUCUUCGGUGUGCAUUUCUAUCCGGCCCAGGUUAAUGGCUUGGUACUGCAGGCUUUGUAUAUAUUCCUAUUAAGUUUUCCCUUGAUAUUCUCGUUGGGAUUAUUUCCACAAAUCAAUACGUUUACCAUGUAUUUAAUGGAACAAAUCGAUAUGCAUGUAUUUGGUGGCAAUGCUGCGGGUAGUUUAAUUGGCUCCUUUCUUUGCGUCAUACGUUCCAUGCUCGGAGUUCUGCUACUUUAUGGACCCUUAUAUGCUGCUUUGAAUGAAGGCAAAGGCACACAGCACAUAAUCUUUUCGAUAUUUUGUGCUCUACUUGUUCCUUUGGGCUACCAUCUAUCACGUUCCGCCAGUGAUUUUAGCCACAUAUGGGCUCUUAUGAAACAUUGUAUUAUGUCCACGUAUCAUGAUGAUGAUGAUGAAUUGAGUACUGCCAGUAGCCAGAAAUUGACUACGGGCAAAUCGAAAAGAAAUUCAUCGCGAAAACGCGAAAGAGACAAAACAGGCGAAGGAGGAAAAUCCAAAAAUAGUGAAAACAUAGAAAUGUCUUCAAUGGAGAAACUACAAAGUGGCUGUGCCUCCAAAAAUGAGGCUGGCGAAGAUUUGGAAGAGGCCGAAGGCGAAGGUGAGGAGGAAACCGAAACUAAUGAUUUAUCCGAAGACAAGGACCAUAUGGGCGAAAAGCGCAGCAAAUCGAAGGCUUCGUCGUUGGGCAGCAGUACCCAGACAUUGGGUAAAACAACCAUUUCCACCAGCAAGAAGGCCAUAACAGCUUCCAGCAGUUCCUGCAACACUAACUUGGAAACGGAAAAUAUUAUGAAAGAAGUUGAGGAGACUACAGCAAACUCCAUGCAGGUACCCACGGCAGCAGCAGCAGCAGCGGCAAUUACAGCAUCAAGUGCUGCCCUAUCGUCCUCAAAGGAAAUUAAAGACAAGGACCUCGCACAUCCACCGACAACUGCCAAAGAGACAGACUUGGAUAAAAUGUCCACUACCUCCACUACAAAUCCCGCAGAAAUGUCCACCUUGACGGGAGUCAUAAACGAAACGGAAGCCAAUGAAAAUGAUGGGUUCACCAUGAAUUGCCCCGAUAAUCCCAACAGCGAAACCGAAAGCAAUUCGGCAGAUCCCUUGCCCAAAAAGUUGCAGCACACCGUUUAUACUCGUCUGAAAAAUGAUUUUGUCGUAACGAUAUUUCUCUCGGUGGUGGUAUUGGGUUUGCACUGCAGCACUGUUUUCACGGUACUUCAGCCAGAUCUGAAUGUAGUGCUAUAUGGUUUCACCGGCGCCUUGGGCUUCCUUCUGCACUAUGUCAUACCACAAAUGCGCAAACAUAUGCCCUGGUUGUGCUUUGCCAAGCCCUUGCUCAAACAAAAGGAAUACGGACGUUAUGAGGUAUCGAAUGCCCCUAAAAUCAUGUGGUUCGAAAAGUUCUACAUCUAUUUGUGUUUGCUUGAGAGAAAUGUUUUAUUUCCCUUGCUGGUUAUAUCGGCAUUGACCGCCGACGCCACGGUCAUAGCAGUCAAGUAUGGUAUUGCAUGGGGUUCGGUGAUUGUGGCGGUGUGUGCUCUAAAAUUUAUACGUAAUGCCUAUUCGGAUCCCACAAAUCAGUACCUGAUUGUUAUGUUUACUGUGCUCUUCUUUCGUGUGGAUUUCGCCAUGGCCUCGGAGACAUUUUUAAUAGACUAUUUCUUUGUGUCUUUGGCUUUUCGCAAGUGCUGUGAUUUCUUUUUGAAGCUUCAAUUUAUUGUUACCUAUAUUGCUCCUUGGCAAAUAACUUGGGGUUCGGCUUUUCAUGCCUUUGCUCAACCCUUUAGUGUACCCCACUCGGCCAUGUUGUUUCUGCAGGCAGGCAUUUCAUCGAUACUAUCAACACCGCUUAAUCCUUUUCUGGGUAGUGCUAUAUUUCUCACCUCGUAUGUGAGACCCAUCAAAUUCUGGGAACGAGAUUACAACACCAGACGCAUUGAUCAUUCGAAUACGCGCUUAAGUUCUCAGCUGGAACGUGAUCUGGGAGCCGAUGAUAAUAAUUUGAAUUCCAUUUUCUAUGAACAUCUGACGCGUUCGUUGCAGCAUUCCCUGUGUGGGGAUUUGAUAAUGGGGCGUUGGGGUAAUGUUAAUCAAGGCGAUUGUUUUGUUUUGGCUUCGGAUUACCUAAACUGCCUGGUUCAUAUCAUUGAAUUGGGAAAUGGUUUAUGCACUUUCCAAAUGCGUGGCUUGGAGUUCCGUGGUACCUAUUGCCAACAACGUGAGGUUGAGGCUAUUACCGAAGAUGUGGAAGAUAAUGAUGGUUGUUGCUGUUGCGAUCCGGGUCAUUUACCUCGUAUGCUAAGCGCCAAUGCUAUGUUUUCCACUCGCUGGUUGGCCUGGCAGGUGGUGGCCUCUCAGUAUGUGGUGGAGGGCUAUUCAAUAUCGGACAAUUUAGCCAGCACCACCUUGCAAGUGUUUGAAUAUCGCAAAGUUUUGAUAACCUAUUACGUGAAGAGUAUAAUUUAUUAUGUUAUAAAAAAUGCCAAACUGGAUGAAUGGCUGAAUUCCACGGUCAUACAAGAAGCCUUGCAACACACGCUGAGUCGCCAGUUCGUAGAUUUGGAUCCCAUAUUCAAUUUCAAUCUGGAUGAGGAUUUUGAUUUUCGUGCUGUGGGCAUAACUCGCACUAGUUUUUGUUAUGUUUAUCUGAGUUGGCUCAACUAUUGCUAUGACAAACGCAAGGAAAGUUUGAAUCCCACACCAACGGCCAAUGGCAGUGUACAGAAUCAAAAUCAAAACUCCACACCCACCGCUUCCCAGGCUGGUAUUACUACACAACAGCCCACGGCUGCAGUAUCAACUACCACCAUAGCUAGUACUCCGAAUUUAUCGACGGCACAGCAGAAAUCGCAAUCACAACAGCAGCUAAGAAUACGUCCACAAAAAAGUGCCACCAUGUCGGGCAGCAAUGAGGUGGUGGUCAAUUCGGUGGAGCAAAUGGCCACAUCGCAUUCAUUGGCCAACAUAUCACGCCAAGCUUCGGAAAGUGCACCCGGUCUGACCUCUACUUCUACUCCAUUGACUAGGUCUAGCAAAUCGGCUCCCUCGGGCAGCAAACAUUCAUAUCAGAAAAGCGAUUGCUCACCUUUGGCCAGGCCAGAGGGCAGGGCAGCCUCAGCUGAACCCUCGCGGGGGUCCUCCGCGGAAAAACCUCCACCCAUAAAACUCAAAGUACCUUCUAUAGCUAAAGACUCGCCCAUAGUCUCUUUAUGUUUGGCUCUAAGCCUAUUGGCUCGCCGAUCUUUAGCUACAGCCUCCCACAGUUCGAUGACGGGAGUGGAAUUCUUUUUGCACGGUUUGCAUGCUUUAUUCAAAGGUGAUUUUCGCAUAACCUCGCCCCGGGACGAAUGGGUUUUUGCGGAUAUGGAUUUGUUGCAUGCCGUAGUAGCGCCAGCUGUAAAAAUGGCCUUGAAGCUUCAGCAGGAUCACAUCUCUAAUCCUGAUGAAUUUCGAGAUCCCGACGCCCUGUUUGAGGCAAUUGAUACCAGUGCCAAAGAUUUGGUGAUAUCUCAUGAAGCCGAUCCCGUGUGGCGCAGUGCCGUACUCAGAGGAGCGCCAAAUUUGUUGGCUCUGCGUCAUGUCAUGGAAGAUGGUUCGGAUGAAUAUCGCAUUAUACGCUUAACCAAACGUUUUCUUACGUUCCGUGUGAUUAAAUUGAAUAGAGAAUGCGUUCGUGGCUUGUGGGCUGGUCAGCAGCAAGAACUGAUCUAUUUGCGCAACCGUAAUCCUGAGCGUGGUAGCAUUCAAAAUGCUAAGCAAGCCUUGCGUAACAUAAUAAAUUCCAGCUGUGAUCAACCCAUCGGUUAUCCGAUUUAUGUCUCACCCUUAACUACAUCGUAUGCGGACACCAAUGAUCAGCUGAAGAAGGUGGUGGGAGGACCCAUAACGCCGGAGGCCAUUAAAACAAACAUUUUAGACUGGUGGCAUCAUAUAAGGGAAAAAUGUCGUCAAGGCUGCAGUUCCGGUUCCUCAAUGGAGACCACCACACAUCUGGGUCUGCCAUCGGGUGCCUGCUCCAAUCUGGGUGAAAGUGGAGAUCUGAGACCUAUGUAUAUAUCACCUCCCAUCUACAAUACGCUCACCGCAAGUACAAUGUUUAGUCGUGCCACUGCAGCUACCGGUGUACCCGGAGCCACUUUGAGUUCUCAGUUUGGCAGUGAUGGUCUAUCAUCCAUGCGCAGCUCAAUGACGGUUAUGAAACCUUCCUCCACCACCUUGCUAGCAGGUCUGCUUAAUCGGGAACAGGAAAUUCUACGAGAGUCAAGGGCCAAUAACAAACAAUUGCUUUCCUCUUCAUCAGUGCGUAGUUCUUCGGAACGUGAGAGGAGGGCUACUUUGCCCAUAGCCAGCACCAGUUCAGUUUUACCCGAGGUCAUAAAGGACUCGGAUGAUUCCUCGCAAACGUUGGAUAAAGAUGUUUCCAGUGACAAUAUGGCGGGUGCGGUGGCUGCCAACAAUGGAGGCGGUGUCAAUUGUAUGGCUACUGGUAGCCCUAGACGUUAUACAAAAAUCUAUUGUUCUUCGGGCAAUCUAGGGAUAGGUAAUAUAAUUACCACUCCCGUUGAUUACCCGCGCAAAACAAAAGGUCCAAUUUGUCUAACGGCCGCUGCAGCUGGUGUUGUCAAUGCUAAUUGCGGAGGAACGGCAUGUAACAGUGGCAGUAAUAGUAGCUCGACGAUGGCGGUUAGCGGUAGCGCUGGAGAACAUGCAGUGGCUACAGCCUCAUCCACUUGCGGCCGGGGUAACAGUGAGAUAGCACAGCCACGCUUUGCAUUGUAUGAGAAAGUGAUCAUAGUGGAUGAAAGAGAGAUUUUCCACAACAUAGAUCAGUGUAGACGCAUUGCCUGGCCAUUCGAAGCGUUACGCCAAAAAGGAGGCCGCCUCUCUUGGGACGGUUGGGAGCCACGAGCCGGUAUGGUGGGCUAUGUCGUACACAUCUGGCGGUCAAACCAUCCGAAUAAAGUAUGUCGCACACCCUUGAAUCGUGAUGUUUACCUCAUUGAGAUUGGAGAAAACUUUGUUCCUGUCACAGCCAGUGGUCUGCGGCAAUACAAUCAAGCUAUGGAUAGUGUCCAAAAGGAAAUAGAAACAUCAAGGCGCAAUUCUUUGCAAAGGGAAAUGGCUGAGUUGAGACAACAACAGGUUGAUCGAGGUCUUACGCCCAUUUUAGGCAGCAGCCUGGAAUCACCACCUACUUCUUUGAUGGCUGAGGGUGGGCGCGGCACUGGCUCGGGUAAAUGUGGAAUACAGGCGGUGAGUAGUAGCUCAUCGGAAGAUGAAAGUUGUCUUAUGAAUUUGGAAAAAGAACGACAAGAAGAGUAUUUGAAAAAUCUGUGGCAACAAGUGGUGGAACAAGAGAAAAGAGAAAAGGACUGGAGUAGGGAUAGAGAAAAACGCAAAGAAAAGGAAAAGGAUAGAGAAACCCCAAGGGGGGAUGAUAUGAGGGAAGUAAGUAAAACAGAAAAAGCAAGUAGUUUGGAACUUUGCUCACCCCAAGAGGGGGAGUUGGGCGAGGUUUCUACAUCGCCCAGUGAAGAGAAAUCUGCUUUGGACGAAAGCAAAGCAACUGAAAUUUCUUCUACUACUACUACUACUACUUCUACUACGGUGGAAAAAGAAUCCUCAAACGAAAAUAAUGCAGAGUCCUUGGAGAAGUUGACAACUUCUUCUUCGCAAAAUUCGAAUAUUAGCAAUAAUUUUACCACCAAGGAUCUGGUAGAACAGUUGGUGGAUGUCAUAUGUGAUAACGUUGUAAGCGAACAAAUUGAAGUAAUAGAACUGACAGAUGAUGAUGAUAAUGAUGAUGCGAACAUGAUCAGGGAAGUUAAAAACGAUGGUGGCAAAGCUAUGGAGGAUAAUAUGACUGUUGAAGAGGUUAAUUCAGUUAAAGAGGAACUAGAAGCUAAAGGCUCCGUUGAACUAAAAACAAAAGAAGCUAAUGAGAACACUAAAACAGACCAGAAGCAACAUUGUUUGGAGAAUGUUGAAAAUGUGCAAGAUAUUGAAAAUGUGGACUUAGAUGUUGAUAUUGAAUCGAAAAUUCCCGAAAGCACAGAUGUUUAGCAUUUAAACUAUGGCAUGGUAAGGAGAUUUUUAUUGUUUUAAAGAAACCAGGAAUUCAGGUUUUUAAAGACAGCAUAAUUAAAGAAAAAAAAAAAAACAAGGGCACAAUAAGCUAAACGCAGAAACUGUUGAGAGUUUUUUUAAGAAAAGCCUAAUACUCUUAAGGGAACUUUUCUGGUAUUGCUUAUUAAAGCUUUUAGUUCCUUGGGCGUUGGAAAAAGUCCAAAGCCUUAAUCUUUUGAACUGAAGAAUUCUUCACAUAGGCAAUGACUUUAUUCUUUUGAGAAUUCUUACACUUUCCACGGCUUCUGGCAUAUUAUUGCCAAAUUAAAAGUGUUCAAUUGUUAUGUUUUUUUGUAUAUAUAUCGCAUAGUGAAGUUUUCCUAGAAUUGGUAUAUAGCCAUAUACCAAGAAAAACAAAAACAAAACCAUUUUCCUUCCUCUCUUCCUCUUUUCAAAGCCAAAAAAAUACCCAUUCAAACAGAGAUGAUAUUGUUUUUUGUUUUUCUUUUUUUUUAACGAAAGAAAAAACAAAAAAAAACUCAAAAAAGUAUAGUAAUUUUAAUAUGUAAAUAUUUGUUAUUGUAGUUUUUUAUAUAUAUACAUACAUACAUUCAUAAAAACAGUAGUUAAUUAAUAUACAUACAUAUAUAACAUAUAUAUAUAUAAAUAAUAUUUUUUAAACAUGGUUGUUUAAUUGCGAGAAAAAUAUAACAAAAAUACUAAAAAUACUAUAAAAAACAGGGUUAUAUGUUUAGUUUCUUCAAAAAAAAAAAAUAAAAAUAUACAGAAAAAAAAUUAAAACUCAAAUGAAAUUAAACUCCUUUUAGCAAAACAAAACCAGAAAAAUAAAAUAACGUUGUAAAAAUUCCUUACAAUUGCUUUAUUAGCUGAAUAAAAUAUGUUAACAUUAAUUAAAUUAAACUAUUAUACAUAUAAAUUAUAAAACAACAAAAAAAUACAUUUAUUGUAUUAUACCAAUUAUUGUCAUGAUAAUUAUAUAUAUAUAUAUAUAUAUAUGUAAUUGCCUAUUAAUACAAUACUCCGAUUUUGUAAACAAAUGUUAAGAAGGAAACCAGCAAAAAAAAGUUGUAUCACUAAUGUUUGGUUUUUUGUUUGCCCGGCCCCCCUCCCUAGAUAAUUACCAUUUUCUAAUCCCAAACAUAAAUAUUUCUUUUAAAUGCACAUAAAACUCUUGGUAGAUUUACAAUAUAAACACAAAAAUUUAACCAAAAAAAAAAAACAGAAACCUAAAAAUAAAAUUAUUUAAUAAUUUAGCUUUAGUUUGUUAUACGGCGACAAAUGCAAAAACUCAUCAACUCCUUAGGUAUAAAAAAAGAAACAAAUGUUUUCCAAAUUAAAAAAAAAUAAAUUAUUUAAAAUCACACUUUUUUCAAAAAAAAAAAAAAUGCCUACGAUGAUUAAUUCAACCGCUACGGACUGUUAAUAUUUUAAGAUUGAUAUGCCAUAAUGGUGGGAGGCCACCGUAGCGACGCCUGGGUUCGAAUCCUGGCGGGACCAUCAGAAACAAUUUUCAGCGGUGGUUUUCCCCUCCUAAUGCUGGCAACAUUUGAGAGGACUACGCCAUGUAAAACUUCUCUCCAAAGAGGUGUCGUCGUUCGGCUAGAAAAAGAAGGUCCCUUAUCAUUGAGCUUAAACCUGAAUCGGACUGCACUCAUUGAUAUAUGAGAAGUUUGCUUUCGUUCCUUAGUGGAAUGUUCAUGGGCAAAAUUUGCAUUUGCAUGCCAUUAUGAUGAAUAGGAAAAUUAUUUGCUGUGUUUUAUUUUAGUACUGCAUAGACAAGCCUUGAAAGCCCAAAAAAAAUCCAAUGCAAGUCUGUUGUUUUUGCCAUGAGGUGGUAACGCCAUUUGCCAACCUAUCAAAACAAUACGAGGAAAAAAGUGCAAAUAUUUGCAAAUUUAUAUUGGGUUGCCCAAAAAGUAAUUGCGGAUUUUUCAUAUAGUCGGCGUUGACAAAUUUUAAGCAUUAAUCGAAUUGGAUCGUCAUGUAACUGAGCGUGAGAUAGGAGAGAAGUUAAAUAUACCAAAAUCAACCGUUCAUUAUCACAUAAAAAGUCUUGGACUGGUGAAAAAGCUUGAUAUUUGGGUACCACAUGUAUUGAAAGAAAUUCAUUUAACAAACCGAAUCAACGCUUGUGAUAUGCACCUUAAACGAAUCAUAACUGGAGAUGAAAAAUGGAUUGUUUACAACAACGUUAGUCGAAAACGAUCAUGGUCCAAGCAUGUUGAACCAGCUCAAACCACUUCAAAGGCUGAAAUCCACCAAAAAAAGGUUAUGCUGUCUGUUUGGUGGAAUUGGAAGGGUGUGGUAUAUUUUGAGCUGCUUCCAAGGAACCAAACGAUUAAUUCGGAUGUUUACUGUCAACAAUUGGACAAAUUGAAUACAGCCAUCAAGGAGAAGCGACCAGAAUUGGUCAAUCGUAAAGGUGUCAUAUUCCACCAGGACAACGCUAGACCGCACACAUCUUUGGUCACUCGCCAAAAACUGAGUGAGCUUGGCUGGGAACUUUUGAUGCAUCCACCAUAUAGCCCUGAC